AUGGACCCUUGGAGAAUUACUUUAUCAAGUUGGAUGUUGAUUUCGUGUGUACAGAUAACUUCGUCCCAAACUCAUGAAGCGGUGUGCCCUGGUACCCAGAAUGGUCUGAGCUCCACAGGCUCUCAGGAGAACCAGUACAAACUGUUAAAGGACAGAUACGAUGGCUGUGAGAUCAUCAUGGGCAACCUGGAGAUCACACAGAUCGAGAGUAACUGGGACUUCUCUUUCCUUGGGACAGUCCGCGAGGUAACUGGCUAUGUCCUGAUCGCCAUGAACCAAUUCCAGCAGCUUCCUCUGGGGAAGUUACGGGUCAUCAGAGGGAGCAGCCUAUAUGAGAGACGCUAUGCCCUCACUGUCUUUUUUAAUUACCCCAAGUAUGGCUCCAAUGGCUUACGACACCUUGGGCUCACAAAUCUGACAGAGAUUCUGGCGGGAGGUGUGAAGAUUAUCUACAACAAGUACCUCAGCUAUGGCCCCUGGGUCUACUGGCAAGACAUAGUGAGAGACAGUGGUGCUCCCAUUGACAUCCAAAACAAUGGCGAGAGAGGCUCAUGUCACCCAUCCUGUGGUGAAUUUUGCUGGGGGCCUAAUGAAGACCAGUGUCAGACCUUGACUAAAACCGUAUGUGCCCCGCAGUGUAAUGGCCGCUGUUUUGGGACCAGCCCCAGAGACUGCUGUCACAUACAGUGUGCUGCGGGAUGCACGGGCCCUCUGGACAUGGACUGCUUUGCCUGCCAUCGCUUCAACGACUCAGGGGCUUGUGUGCAACAGUGUCCCCAGGCUGUAAUGUACAACAAGCAGACCUUUCAGAUGGAGACAAACCCCAAAGCCAAGUAUCAGUAUGGCUCCAUCUGUGUCUCCCAAUGCCCCACUCAUUUUGUCGUGGAUGGCGGCUCCUGCGUGAGUGGCUGCCCCCCAGACAAGACAGAAGUGGACAGAGGAGGCCAGAAGCAGUGUGAGCUCUGUGGUGGACUUUGUUCAAAAGCCUGUGAGGGAACAGGUGCUGAGCACAGACAGACAGUGGACUCCAGUAACAUUGACAGCUUCAUCAACUGCACCAAGAUCCAGGGCAGCCUUCACUUCCUGGUCACGGGGAUCCUUGGAGACGACUUUAAAAAGAUCCCACCCCUGGAUGCUAAAAAACUGGAGGUGUUCCACACCGUCAGGGAAAUAACAGAUAUCUUGAACAUCCAGUCCUGGCCAAAAGAGUUGAACGACCUCUCGGUUUUCUCCAAUCUCACUACCAUACAGGGGAGGUCCCUCUACAAACGUUUCUCUUUGAUGGUGAUGCGAAUCCCCACACUCACCUCUCUUGGUCUGCGUUCUCUCCGAGAGAUCAGCGAUGGCAGUGUGUACAUCAGCCAAAACACCAACCUCUGUUACCACCACACGGUCAACUGGACCCGGCUCUUCAGAGGCCACAAGAACCAACUCAAUGACAUCAAGAACAACAGGCCCUUGGCAGAGUGUGUGGUGGAAGGCCAUGUGUGUGACCCGCUGUGCUCAGACUCAGGCUGCUGGGGCCCGGGGCCCAACCAGUGUCUCUCCUGCAGGAACUACAGCCGAGAUGGGACCUGUGUGGCCAACUGCAAUUUCUACACAGGAGCUCGGAGGGAGUUUGCAGAUUCUCGUGGUGAGUGUGUCGCCUGCCACCCAGAGUGUCAGCCUCAGGAUGAGAGGGUCAGCUGUACUGGGCCGGGUGCAGAUGAGUGUGUGGCGUGCUCCAACCUGAAGGAUGGUCCUUACUGUGUGACUUCCUGCCCUAGUGGGGUCAAUGAUGGACAGAGGGGACUCAUCUUCAAGUAUUCCAACAAGGAGGGCCACUGUCAACCAUGCCACCUCAAUUGUACACAAGGAUGUUUGGGCCCGGGAUUGAACGACUGUUUCGAGAUGGCCAGAUUGGCUGUUAGUAGUGGUCAGAUCACAGGGAUAGCUUUAGGUGUCCUGGCUGGUCUGAUUGCCUGCCUGGUGUUGUUCAUCCUGGGCUUGCUGUACCACAGAGGUCUUGCCAUACGGCGCAAGAGAGCCAUGAGGAGGUACCUGGAGAGUGGAGAGAGUCUUGAGCCUCUGGGUCCUGCGGAAAAGGAGACUAAGGUCCAUGCACGCAUUCUAAGGGCCUCAGAGCUGAAGAAAAUCAAAGCUCUUGGGUCUGGAGUUUUUGGCAUGGUCCAUAAGGGCUUUUGGACUCCAGAGGGGGAGACCGUGAAGAUCCCUGUGGCCAUUAAGACUAUUCAAGACAGCUCAGGUCGGCAGACGUUCACAGAAAUUACUGAUCAUAUGAUGUCUAUGGGCAGCUUGGACCAUCCAUACAUCAUCAGGUUCUUGGGUAUCUGUCCGGGUGUUACACUACAACUGGUCACUCGGCUCAGUGCCAAAGGCUCUUUACUGGAGCACAUCAGGCAACACAAGGACACCGUGAACCCACAGCGCUUGCUCAACUGGUGUGUGCAAAUUGCUAAGGGCAUGCACUACCUAGAAGAACACUGUAUGGUCCAUAGGAACUUGGCUGCCCGAAAUGUCCUGCUGAAGAAUGACUAUCAAGUCCAAAUCUCUGACUAUGGUGUAGCAGACCUCCUCUAUCCUGAUGACAAAAAAUAUAUCUACAGUGACAACAAGACACCCAUAAAAUGGAUGGCACUGGAGAGUAUUUUGUUUCAGAGAUACACUCAUCAAAGUGAUGUCUGGAGUUAUGGGGUGACAUUGUGGGAGAUGAUGUCAUUUGGGGAGGAACCCUAUGCAUCUGUGCAGCCUCAGGAUGUGCCAAGUUUGUUAGAAAAGGGCGAGCGACUAUCACAGCCUCAGAUCUGUACUAUCGAUGUUUACAUGGUGAUGGUCAAAUGCUGGAUGAUUGAUGAAGAUGUAAGACCAACAUUCAAAGAGUUGGCCAGUGACUUUACUCGUAUGGCAAGAGACCCACGAAGAUACCUUGUAAUCAAUCAAAGAGGGGACACAGGCUCAGAGGAUUUCCAACAAAGAGAAUCAGAGCGAGGGCUUUUGGUUCCUGAGUUAGAGGACCCAGAUGAGGCGGAAUUGGAGAAUGGGUUAGCCACACUUCCUCUCCAGCUCUCUCCAUCAAGGAGUCCAUCUCGUUUGAGGAUUAAUUCUCACAGGAGUGCUACCUCCCAGGGUGGGCUAGUGUCAGCUGGGUACCUGCCCAUGACCCCCAGCCUAACAGACAAUGUACAACAGAUGUUUUCUCAGCGAUCACGUCUGAGCUCAGUGCAAACGCCCUCUAAGGGUUCAGAUGCCAGGGGGAGUGGCCAGGAGAUAAACCUACCUGCGAGAGUGUCUCUGACUGGCAGCCUUCGUAGGGUAAGGGGUGGCACAGAACGGGGCAGUUCUCACAUAUCCACCAGCCUACGCAGGAAUCUUUCUAGUGCCUCAGAGCCAUCGACCCAUAUGGCAAACCUAAAGGAGGUGGAUCGCUGUGGCUAUGUUCUGCCUGGGUCACCUUGCACUCAAGAGAGAGUGUCAAGAUUCACUCGUCAUGGUGGGAAGAAUUCAACAUCUUCCACAAAUCAGUUGUCUGCCACAUCAAAAGCUUCAGAUCCUACCCAAGAGUAUGAACUCAUGACCAAACAGCCCGACCUUUCUUCUAGAUCACCCAGAGACAUCCCCAUGCUGUUAGGUGCCCCCUCAGCUGUAUGGUGUUACAAAACUUCACCUCUACCAUCUCCAACUUACAAAUCACCCCGGCCAGUAGAAGACACCAUUUGCACAGAAAUGCAGGCAUUUUCAAGCUCAGUCAUCGGGAAUAAAAAGUUGAAUGAGGGUUGUGAGGGAAGCUUAGCAGAACAAAGGGACACUUCAAAGAAGGAUCAGCAGCAUGCUGGACACCCUGAGAGUGGGACAGGACUUGUGGCUGACCAAGGAGAGGAACAUAAAAGGAAAGGAGAGUAUGAAUAUAUGGAUGUACGGAGCUUCCACUCAGAGAGAGAGAAUCCAGUCUUGGUGAAGCAUGGGAGUCAAACAUAUGUGCAGAAAUCAACAGAAACGGAGGAAAUGGACAGUAAAGAGGAGAGCCAGUCAGGGGAGGAGGUGAAAAAAGAACUUGUGAAAGAAGAAGAGGAGGGAGAGAACCACUCUACAAAUAAACAAUCCCCACUAAAGGAGAGCUUCAAAGCCGCUUCCAGGCCAGAUUUGCUGCUUGCCGCCGAAGCAGGCCAGGUGGAAGAGUAUGAGGAUAUGGGUAGCUUUAAAGGGACAUCCAGUGGUUGGGAGCAGGCAGAGUACCAGAACCUCCAAGUGAAGAGGAGAGCUGUUUCUGAGGAGGAGGAGGGCAGCAGCAGGUGUACAGGGCUUGGAGAAUACAUCAAUGUUUGUGCCAGCGUUGUAGAGCCUAGCAGUAAUACAUCGUUUGACAAUCCAGACUAUUGGCACAGCAGGCUGUUCCUAAAGCCAGAUAAUGUGCGCACCUAAUAAAUAAGUAAAUAAAUAACUACUGUUUUGUAUGUCAUUGUAUUGAAUGUCAUAUUUUAUACGAGCCGUUAUCAAACCAACUACUGCAAAUAUCAUCGGCAUGAGACCAAAACACUCGCCUUGACCCACACUGUGAAUACAGUAAAUGUGUUACCUUCGCAUUUGAACUGUGAUGAGUUGAAGCUGCUGAAUUUAUAAGCUACCACCACAUUAUUUUAUUGUGUCAUAAGCAGCAAUGGCACCUAUUGUCCAUUUUCCAUUUGUGUAGGACUACUCUUUUGUACCCUUUGAUUGCAACGUAAAAUGAAAUAAAAUACAC